CAGCGGCUGACAAAUAGCUCCGACCUGCGUGGCUCGCGCGCGUGCUCACUUACACACACACACACACACACACUCACACACACACACACACACACACACACACACACACACACACGCGUACACACAGCAGAAGCAGCGGAGUGGGCAUGAACGCGGCCGGGUUCGGGAUUUUUCGGUCAGAGGUUUGCUCCGGGUUCCGCUCUCCAAGAAGAACCAAACGUGGGCAGAAGUAACGCGUUUAAAGCCGGCACGGGACGCCGCAGAGAAGCAGUGCUGCCUGUGCUUGAUAUCCCCACCCCGCCCUGAAGGAUAACUUUGAUCUCGAUCACCGGACUACAGAGGCCCUGCAGCGGGAAUAUGACAGCUGGCUCGGGCCACUGAAGGGAGCGAUAAUCGGUGCACGCGCUCGGUGUCCGUUUUGGGGUGACCGCACGGCCACAUUAUGCAGCAUCCUUUGGACAUGGCGGCGCAUUACUACGCUCCGGAGGCGCUGCCGCACGACCACAGGACUCAUCGCUACCGGAGCUUCAUGAUAGAGGAGAUCCUCACAGAGCACCCGGAGCACAAAGCGUCGGCUCCCGCCGGGGAGCUGCUUAAGUUCGGGGUGCAGGCUCUCUUGUCCGCCCGACCUUUCCAUAACCAGCUGGUCCUAAAAGCCGACCAGACGAGCCUCCUCAAGUUCCCCAUGUCCCCGCUGUCCUGCUCGCUCGGCUCCCCGCUCGGCGCCCAGCUGCUGUCCGCGGCGUCGGGCCUGCAGAUCGGCGCGGCGUCUCACCACCUGCCGCUGGACCUGCACCUCCGCGGGAAGCUGGAGCACGGGGCCGACGGCGGCGGCAAGAGCAAGAAGGGCCGCCGGAGCCGCACCGUGUUCACCGAGCUGCAGCUCAUGGGGCUGGAGAAGCGCUUCGAGAAGCAGAAGUAUCUGUCGACGCCCGAUAGACCUGGCGGAGUCUCUGGGCCUCAGUCAGCUGCAAGUGAAGACAUGGUACCAGAACAGACGGAUGAAAUGGAAGAAAAUUGUGUUGCAGGGGGGAGGUCUGGAGUCUCCCACCAAACCAAAAGGCCGCCCGAAGAAGAAUUCCAUCCCCAGCAGCGAGCAGCUCUCCGAACAGGAGCGAACCGCGGCCGACGCGGACCGCCAGUCCGAAGGCUCGAGCUCCCACUCGGAGACCGCUCAGGAGGAGUGACCCUGCUACCCCCUCCGCCCCCGGCCCGCAGCCGCGCGGACACUCCCGGCUCUACACGCGCGCUCGGCGUAUUUUCAGAUUUUUUUUAAAAUGUCCUUUUUCUUCUUCCGGGAGGAGCGGGAGGGCGCCGGUGCUUUUGAAGCGGGACCGUCUCGAGCAGGCUCCCAGAAGACGACUCGCGGGCCCCUUGCAGGAUCGCCUGGACUGUUAACACGCGCCGACUUCCUGUGGCAGCCGCGUGUUGUUGUUGUUGUUGUUGUUGUUUUUUUUACCACGCGCUCCCCUCGUGGUGAACUUGCUGCUGUUGAGGAGCUCAAACCUUCGCAGUAGGUCUACCCCUUUAUAUUCUAAGGGGAUACGGUUUUUUUGCAUUCCCUC